CUCCAGGGACCCAGGAGACAACCAGUGAAGGUGACGAGGGCCAGAGAACAUUCUGGGUGACACCGGGUGGUUAUUUUAGCAGCCCCCCGUGGAAGCCCACCGUGUGUGCGCUGCCCUCACUGUGCGCAUGUGAGACCCCGUGAGAAAGGCGCAGUGCACAGCAGGUGUCCACACGGCAGCUGGGAAAACCUGCCAAGAGCCAGGGCUCCUCCACGCAAUGUCCCCCCUCCCCGUGAAGCUGAAGUGAGAGAGGUUCCAGGCGGGCGGCCCGGCCCCCGGCCCAGGGCCAGGAUGGCCAAGACCCGGCUCUUCCGGCUGUGGCUGGUGCUGGGCUCCGUGCUCACGGUCUUGCUCAUCAUCGCCUACUGGGACAACGUGGGCGCCGCGCACUUCUACCUGCACACGUCCCUGUCCAGGCCGCACCCGCUGGAGCCCCUCCCCACCGCCGGGCAAGGGGCCGAGGAGCUCGGGCCGGGCGUCCACGACUUCUUCAGUAAGCUCCUCGGCUCUGGCGCAAAGCCAAACGACCCCUCCCCAAGAGAGACGGAGCGGCCGCCGGGGCCGGGCUCCCUGGAGGAGAGUGUGCGGGGCUACGACUGGUCCCCGCACGGCGCCCAGCACAGCGCCGACCAGGGCCGGCAGCAGGCCGCCCGGAGGAGCGUGCUGCGGGACUUCUGCGCCAACUCCAGCCUGGCCUUCCCCACCAAGGGGCGCUCGUUCGACGACAUCCCCAACUACGAGCUGAACCACCUCAUCGUGGACGACCGCCACGGCGUCAUCUACUGCUACGUGCCCAAGGUGGCCUGCACCAACUGGAAGCGCGUGAUGAUCGUGCUCAGCGAGAGCCUGUCGGACCGCGGCGCCCCGUACCGCGACCCCCUGGCCAUCCCCCGCGAGCACGUGCACAACGCCAGCGCCCACCUGACCUUCAACAAGUUCUGGCGGCGCUACGGCAAGUUCUCGCGGCACCUCAUGAAGGCCAAGCUGAAGAAGUACACCAAGUUCCUGUUCGUGCGCGAGCCCUUCGUGCGCCUCAUCUCGGCCUUCCGCAGCAAGUUCGAGCUGGAGAACGAGGAGUUCUACCGCAAGUUCGCCGUGCCCAUGCUGCGGCUCUACGCCAACCGCACCAGCCCGCCCGCCUCCGCCAGCCAGGCCUUCCGUGCCGGCCUCAAGGUCUCCUUCGCCAACUUCAUCCAGUACCUGCUGGACCCGCUCACCGAGAGGCUGGCGCCCUUCAACGAGCACUGGCGGCAGGUGUACCGCCUGUGCCACCCGUGCCAGAUCGACUACGACUUCGUGGGCAAGCUGGAGACGCUGGACGAGGACGCCGCCCAGCUGCUGCGGCUGCUCAAGGUGGACACGCGCCUGCACUUCCCCCCGAGCUACCGGAACAGGACCGCCAGCAGCUGGGAGGAGCACUGGUUCGCCCAGAUCCCCCUGGCCUGGAGGCAGCAGCUCUACAAACUCUACGAGGCCGACUUCGUCCUCUUCGGCUACCCCAAGCCCGAAAACCUCCUCAGAGACUGAGCGCGGGACGCCCCGGCACCUGCUGCCCGCCCCGCCGCACCUGCGCCGUCCGGAGAGCCGGAACCCAGCACGCUCGCUGCAGCCUCGCCUAGCCCGCGCCCUGCGGGCCGGACGCGCCGUUCACUCCGCUGCCUAGCCACUCAGUACUGUGUCGAUAAUGUUUUUUUUUAAGAUUAAUAUAUUUCAGAUAUUUAAUACGAGAGGGGAGGGGUGCUGGAUAAAGUGUGGCGGCUGCCCUUUCUGCCUGCUCCGCCGUGGUUCUGUCUGAGCGACCGGGGCCCCCAGGGGCGUGCCGAGUCAUUGAGCGUCUGGCCCCGGGCCUCAGAAACCGGGCGCGGGAAGGGGGUGUCGUGGUGGUCCUCCGUGGGGGCAGGCCGCACCUGUGCCUUUAAGAA